UGUAUUUUUCUUUUAACUGUUAUUUCAUUUUGGUAUUAUUAUUUGUCAUUUUUUAUUGUAUCUUUUUUGUAAUUUUCGACUAAUUAGAUAUAAAAUAUAAAGUCAGAUUUAAAUGAUUAAAUCUUUCUUUUUUUUGUUUUUUUUUUGUUUGUGUGUGUGAUACAAAUUUAAUUUUAAAAUCAUGGUAAAGUCCACAACAAGUAAAAAACGUGCAAUUGAUGAUGAUGAUAUAGGAGAAGAAGAUAAAAUCAAAGAAGAGGCAAAUGCUAGUAUACGUGAUGGUCGAUUAGCGGUGUGGAAUGAUAUGGAGAAGCUUAAAACUUCUGACAAGAACGAAACCAAGCAAAAUGUGAGCACUGUAAGCAAAUUUUUACUGCCAAAUCUAGCAAUGGAACUUCCCAUUUAAAAAGACAUCUUGGUAAAUGUGCUGCAAAAAAUAAUUCUUCCAUAAAUUUUUUUUUUCCUUGGUGCUGAUUGUAGUUCUGGAGCUCAAUCAUUAUCUUUAAAACAUCCUAAAAUUGAUCCUCAUGAACUUAGAAAAGCCAUUUGUAUGUUUGUUGUUGCUGGAGCUCAUUCUUUUUCAACUAUUGAAGAACCUGGUUUUAAACACAUGCUUUCUGUUGCUUGUCCUAGCUAUAAGGUAUUGAGCAGACACACAUUAAGAAGAGAUGCAUUGAAGUAUUAUGAAGAGGAAAGAAAAGUUGUUGAAUCUGGUUUGCAAAACGCUUGUGGUAGAAUUGGUUUUAAUUCUGAUAAUUGGAGAAAUGAUUGUACACAAGAUGAGUAUAUUUGCAUAACUGCUCAUUGGAUUGAUGUUAAUUGGAAGUUGCAAAAAAGAAUUAUUAGAUUUGGUGCAUUAACACCUCAUUUUGAUGGGAUUAGUAUUGCUGAGGAUGUUUCUCUUUGUUUGGCUAAAUGGAAAAUUGAUGGAAAAGUAGGAACAUUUACAUUAAACAAUGCAUCCUACAAAUAACACUAUGGCUAGUCAAAUUAAGAGACAACUUGUAAGGAAUGGGAAGGAGCUUUUAUUUUGUGGUGAAUAUUUUCAAAUUCGUUGUUGUUGUCAUAUCAUAAACUUGAUUGUGCAAGAUGGUCUUAAGCUCAUUGAUAGUGUUGUGGAUAAGAUUUGAGCAAUUGGUAAACAUUUUAGGUACUCCAUUCCAAAGAAGAAAAAGUUUUAGGAAAUUGCUCAACAAACUUAUCAUUUGGAUCCUAAGAAAAGAAUUCGAGGUGAUUGUUGUGCUAGGUGGAAUUCAACUUACUUCAUGCUUGAUCGUGCUCUUUAUUUUAGGGCAGCAAGUGAUCAUGUAGUUGAAAAGAAUAGUGAGAUCAAAAUGUAUCUUCUUGAUGAUGAUGAAUGGAAAAAAGUGUCGGUGAUUCAUGAGUUUUUGAAGCUUUUUUAUGAUGUCACAAAUAAAUUCUCUUCUUAUAAAACUUCAAUUGCAAACAUUUUUUUUAAGGGGGUUUGGGAUAUUCAAUGCAUGUUACUUGAAGUAGGCAAAUGGGCCACAUUAAUUUUUAAUUGACAUGGUGAAAGCAAUGCAAAAAGAAAUUUGACAAGUAUUAGUCCGAUUAUCAUAUUUUGUUGUCUUGUGCAUGUGUUUUGGAUCCUCGUUACAAGUUGAAAUUUGUUGAAUAUUCUUUCAUUACUCUUUAUGGAGAAUUGCAUGCUAAGGAGAAAGUGAAAGAGGUGAAAGCUAUGUUAUGCAAUUUACUUAGGGAGUAUAGAGAUGUUGAUGGUGGGGGUGUUGGUGAAAGUGGUGAGGUUAGUCAUGAUAAUAGAACGAGCAAUGCUUCUUUUUCUAGUGGUAAUGAUAAGAUGGCUAAUUUUCGUAAACUCGUACCCGAAAGAGGACCUUGUUGUAAAUUUACCUGGACAACCAAAGGUUGAUUUCAGGCAAUUUGCUGGGUACAUUGAUGUUGAUGUUAAAGCAGGAAGAAGCUUGUUUUAUUAUUUUGUUGAAGCUGAAAAUAAUACUCAACAUACUCCUCUUACUCUUUGGCUUAAUGGAGGACCUGGUUGUUCAUCAAUGGGAGGUGGUGCAUUUACAGAAUUGGGACCAUUUUUUCCAAAGGGUGAUGGAAGAGGUUUAAGGGUUAAUUCAAAGUCAUGGAAUAGAGCGUCGAAUCUACUCUUUGUUGAAUCGCCUGCUGGAGUGGGAUGGUCGUAUUCAAACAAAUCGUCUGAUUAUAAUACCGGGGAUGUAGCCUCUGCUAAGGAUAUGCUCACAUUUCUGGUGAAUUGGAUGGUGAAGUUUCCUGAAUUCAAAUCCAGGGAUCUGUAUCUUACUGGGGAGAGUUAUGCAGGGCACUACAUACCACAACUAGCUGUUGCUGUGUUGGAUCAUAAUGCUCAAUCUAAGGCCUCAAAGCUUAACUUAAAAGGAGUUGCUAUUGGAAAUCCACUUCUCAAACUCGAUAGAGAUGUUCCAGCAACAUAUGAGUUUUUCUGGUCUCAUGGAAUGAUAUCUGAUGAAAUUGGCCUUGCCAUCAUGAAUCAAUGUGAUUUUGAAGAUUAUACCUUUCCAAAUCCUCAUAACGAAACUGAUGCUUGCAACAAUGCAAUAUCAAAAGCAAAUACCAUUGUUGGUGAUUAUGUCAAUGCAUAUGAUGUCAUCCUUGAUGUCUGUUAUCCAUCUAUCGUAGAGCAAGAACUGCGGUUGAAAAAAAUGGCCACUAAAAUGAGUGUUGGAGUUGAUGUUUGUAUUACUUAUGAAAGAAGAUUCUAUUUCAAUCUUCCUGAAGUACAGAGAGCUCUCCAUGCAAAUCGGACAAAUCUACCUUAUGAAUGGUCUAUGUGCAGUAGCAUUCUGAAUUACUCUGACACUGAUGGUAGCUUGAAUAUGCUUCCUCUGCUUAAAAGAAUACUGUUGCACGACAUUCGUGUUUGGAUUUUCAGUGGAGACCAAGAUUCUGUUGUGCCCCUGCUUGGCUCCCGUACCCUUGUUCGUGAGCUUGCUCAUGACCUCAAAUACAACGUCACCGUCCCAUAUGCAAACUGGUUUCACAAAGGACAGGUAGGAGGUUGGACAACCGAAUAUGGAAACUUACUCACAUUUGCGACUGUGAGGGGCGCUGCACAUAUGGUACCUUAUGCACAACCAUCAAGGGCUCUGCAUCUGUUCAGUUCAUUUAUUCGUGAUCGAAGACUGCCAACAACAACUAAAGAAUCCGUUGAAUGAUGAGCUAGAUUGGAAACUGAUCUAGUUCUGGGUGCUCUCAAGUUGCAUCCUGCAGUUCUGUAUCUUUCUACUAAGAGGGAUAGUUUUUAGAUGAUUAGUGAUAAAGGGAUAGAACUACUUCAUAUUUUCGAAAUAAAGGAUACUUAGGAUAAUAGGAUUUUCGAUUCUUCUGCAAGAUUAAAGUGAGGGAGCAUAGAUAUCUGUCAUUUGAGUUUCGGAAUCAGGGUCAAAGGAGCCUGAUUCCUGUGAUUUGAGAUUUGUAAGUUAGUUUGACGUUGUUUUGCAGUUUUUUUUUUAUUAUUUUUUUUUAAUUUUUUUUUUAUGGGAAAUAAAUUACAUGUUCAAACAUAUUUGUGUAGCAAGUCAACAAAACUCAAGGCAGGUACAUAAUAAACACAUUUUUUGCUGUAAUUCCUCCCUCAUCAUGUAUCAGCAGUAGUAUAAGUUAUUUCAAUCAUUCAAGUGAUCAAUA